AACGCCUCUGGGAUUUGAUUGGCAGGUGGACGGUGUCUGUUUACAGCGGGGGGGCGGGGCUUUGUGUUGCUCAAUAUGGCUGCGCCCUGUUGGGAUCAACAGGUCUGAAGGUGAACAUACAUGAUGUCGAAAGAACAGGUGAGCAUUAGCGAGCUCCUCCUCUCAUUGGACAGUCUGGAGCUGCAGGAGGCGGAGCAAGUCAGAGCGUCUGUCAAUCAGCAGCUGAGUUCAGACAGAGGGGGCGCCGUCCUGUCCAGUCUGGUGGAGUACUACCUGGACUCGUCUUCAUCUCAGGCCGUCCUCCUCCUGUCCUCCAUCAGGGAGUCUCAUCAUAAGCUACUGUUGGAGAAGCUGAACGAGAUCCUGGGUCGACCUGGGACCCGAUUGGCCGCUCUCACCCUGCUGGGUCACCUGAUCAGAAAGCAGCCGCCGUGGGUUCAUCACGUCAGCCGCUCAGCUCUGCUGCCGUCACUGCUGCGCUGCCUUAAGACUGACGCUGACGUGGUGGUCCUGAUCACUGGAGUCCUGGUCCUCAUCACGCUUUUACCCAUGAUCCCUCAGGCGGGGAAGCAGCACAUCUACGACUUCUUUGACGUGUUCGGACGCCUCGCCUCCUGGAGCCUCAAAAACCCCGGUCAUGUACCGGUGGUCCACCUGGUCCACCUCCAGGCCUCUGUGUACUCUCUGUUCCACCGGCUCUAUGGGAUGUUCCCGUGCAACUUCAUCUCCUACCUGAGAUUGCACUACAGCAUGAAGGAGAACCUGGACACCUUCCAGGAGGUGGUGAAGCCCAUGUUGGAGCAUGUGAGGGUUCACCCAGAGCUGGUCACGGGGACGCAGGACUACGAACUGGACCCGUCCAGGUGGAGGUGUUACGAAGUCCACGACAUCGUCAUCGAGUGUUCGCGGUUGUCUCUGGAUCCUCUGGAGUCGUCCUGUGAAGACGACCUCCCCUCCUCUUCCUCCUCCGCUCAUCGUCACCACGACACCUCCUUCGCUCCUCCCACAGAGACGCCCAGCGGCGGCAGAGGCUUUAAAGCGUCUGGAAGUCUGUCUCCGCCCCCGCUGACACACAUCACCUCCGACAUACAGGUUGAUGAUGUCACAUGGAGCCCCUCCUCACAGUGCGGUUUGUCCACGCCCCCUCCUGAACCUGCUGCCACAGGCACCGCCCACUCAUUGAGCCGGACCGCCUCCAUCUCAGGUGUGAAAUGUCCCUCAUCAGCCACCGUCACCAUCCCACCUCCGACUGAACACAGCCACCAGCCCACGGACGGAGGACAGGUGAGAAGGGGACAGGUGAAGCAGCAUCCAAUCACAGAGCUGGAGGAGGCUUCUUUUCAGCCAAUCAGAGAAUCAGAGGGCAGGACCCAGAGUGAUGUCAUCACCAGGAACGAAGAGGUCAGAUCGGAUGAGAAGCCCCGCCUCCUGACCUCCACCCCCUGCCGAGAUGAGGAAGGGUCCAUCACACUCUUCUUCACCCCCCCUCACAGCUCCUCCACCAAUCACAGACCAGAGCUGAGUGUCCUCGCCCACUUGGACCACAGCCCCGCCCCUUCAGACCAGAGCCCCGCCCCACCAUAUGAACCUCUGUUUGAACUGGCUUUGCCUCGAGCCGCCACGCUGUUUGUCGGGAAGAAGACCCAGGAGGCGCUGCACAGGAGAUCAGGGGAGCAGCAGGAGGGAGGAGGAGCAUCAGAGGGGGCGGACCAGGAGGAAGACCACGCCCCCGUCUCUCCUCUGGAGGUGUUGGAUCAACUGAUCGUUCAUGGACACGACGCCCACCAACGCCUCAGCCGGAGGCUGUCUGUGGUGAAUAAGUCGUUGGAUCGGAGCCACUUUGGAGGUAAACAACAGAGCAUGAAAAUCAAAGGAGGCCCCGCCCAGGGGGAGGAGCUUCAGGCCCUGAGGAGUCAGCUGCUGUUGGUCCACAGUCAGCUUCAGUACGAGCGUUUCAAACGGCAGCAGCACGCCAUCAGAAACCGCCGGCUGCUCCGUAGAGUCAUCAACGCCACGGCGCUGGAGGAGCAGAGCGUUGCUAUGAGGGCUCAGCUGGGUGUCCAGGAGGCGGAGAUACGAGCUCUGAAGGAAAGUCUGAAGGAGGAGCAGCGACGCUACACGGAGCUGCACGAGGACACGCAAACGCACAGCAAACAGCUGAACGCACACAUCCAACAACUACUGCUGCAGCAACAGGACGUACAGAGGGACAACCAGAGGCUGCAGAGCGAACUGCAGGAGUGUCAGAGCAGGCUGCGGGACCUGGAGGCGGAGCUUCAGAAGGCCAACAACAAGUCUUACAACGCUGAACACCAGCUGACCCAGCUGUCACUCAAGCUGUGCAGCAGUGAGCAGCUGCAGCAGCAGAUCUACAUGAUGAACCAGCAGCUCCUUCUGCUCCGAGAAACCAACAGAGCUCUGAGAGAAACUCUGGAGGCGGGAGACGGCAGCAUCGACACGGAGGUGUCCAUGCUGCAGUGCAGCGUGGGAAGGGAGUACCAGCGACUGAAGGACAGCGACGUGCAGCAGCGACAGAUGCUGGAGGCAGCCAAUCACAGAAUAGCAGAGCUGGAGGGUCAGCUGACCAAGAAGGACCAGCUGAUCCUGGACCAGAAGAAGCUCCUGGAGGACACCAAGGCCCACAGCAGGGCUCUUCUGUCGGCGUCUGAGGGCCGCUGUGUCGCUCUGAGAGCCAUCACCCAGAGUCUCCAGGUCGAGAUGCUCCACCUCUACAGCCAGAUCCACCUGGGUCCUCAGGACCCAGAUCCAGGAGAGUCCUCCAGGCCAAACAGCGGCGAUGAUAUCUUACCACCUCCUCAGGGCGGCCCCAGGCCCCGCCCCUCCCCAUCGGUCAGCAUCCUGAAUGGCGGCGUGGAGCCCCUGUCCACCUCCCCCCUGCUCCUCCCCUCAUACUCCUCCUCCCCCCUCACCCGCUCCCCCAUCGAGUCCCCCCUCGCCGUCGGAUCCUUUCUGGAGCAGCGAGCGCGCCAGCUGUUCAGACCAACCAAUCAGAACAGCCAGGAUGAGGAGGCGGACCCACAGCAACAGAAGGACAAAGAGGAGGAAGAGAAAGAGGAGGAGGAGGAGGAGCGGGAGGUGGAGGAGACACAGACAGGGAGCCCCCCCCUGGGUCAGGAGGUGGAGGAGGAGACGCUCCUGGCUGGCAGCCCCCAGAUGGAGCCGCCCAGCUGGGCUCCACCCCUGGCCCCGGCCACAGGCUCCACCCCCUCUGCAGACCUGACCCUCGCCGUUCGCCAAAGGAGACACGAACUGAGCAUCAUGGACUACGACGAGACCCUGCCAGAGUUCUGACGUCCUGGAUCUGCUCCCAAAGUCCCCA